CCACUUUUUAACAAAACCAAAACUACUUUUCACAAAAAAACCAAAACCGCUAGUAAUUUCCUGGUUUCCCAACCCCGUCUUCUUCCCAUAAAUUCAAACCGCUCAUCCGAAACUCAUGCAACCUCCCACAACAAGAGAUUCGCCCAAAAUUAGCUUUUCCCGGCAAAUCAAGUCUCGAAUCAGAAGUAAGUGAGUGAGAUAAAGAAGGUGAAUUUGGUAAAGUAAGAAGAAGUGAAGAGCAAAAAAGCCCUAGAAAUAGGUGGAAAUCAAAAUGGCGUCAUCGAAGGUGAUGGCAACUACGAAUUCGACGAAUUCGGAUCUAGCACAUCAAACAACAUCUACUAAUACAUAUUCACUACAAGGUGGUGGUGGUCAGAGUAAGAAUUUUGGUUCAAUGAAUAUGGAUGAGUUGUUAAGAAAUUUCUGUAAUGAUAACCAUAAUUCUACUACUACUCUUGGUGGUGGUGGUGGUGGUGGUGAUGGAGAAACCAAUUUAUCUCGACAAGAAAGUUUUCCAAAGACAGCUGCUGAAGUAUGGAGAGAGAUUACCGGCGGUGGUGAUGAUGACGAUGUUGAUCGGAAAGAAGAAAAGAUGAUAUUUAAUGAAAUGACGUUAGAGGAGUAUUUAGCUAAAACUGGUGCAUUAGGAGAAGAAGAUGUUAGAAUUCCAACUGUUGUUGGACCGGUUACAGGGUUUGUAGUUGAUUCACCAUAUCCACAGGGACAAAUUGAACUAGGAGGAUCAAUUUUAGGGUAUGGAAAUGGUGCUACUAUGGAAGGAGGAGGAAGAGUUGUAGGAAGGGGAAAAAGAAGAGCUGUUGUUCAAGAACCUAUUGAUAAAGUAGCUCAACAGAGACAGAGGAGAAUGAUUAAAAAUAGAGAAUCUGCUGCUAGGUCUAGGGAAAGGAAACAGGCUUACACAGUGGAGCUUGAAACUCAAGUGUCUCAAUUGGUAGCAGAGAAUGAACGACUUACUAAAGAACAGAAGGAGCGGAACAGGGAAAGGUACAUGCAGCUCAUGGAAACUCGGAUCCCAGUUGAAGAAAAACAAAGGCCACAACCUGUGUUUGUGCUUUCAAAGUGGAAUAGUUCCAACACACCCAUGGGAAAUCUGUACCCAGUUGAAGAGAAGCCAAGACCACAACUGGUGUUUGAGCCUUCAAAGCGGGAUCUUUUCAACGCUCCCACACCUCAUUGCUUAUUCAGGGGCAGGAAAAAGGAUCUUCGAAGGACUAAUUCUGUGGAGUGGUAGGAGUUGGCUCCUCACCCAGUAAACAAGAUCGAAGAUGAGGAUGUAGGGCUACAAACUUGUAGGAAGUGAGGUCCAAUGCAGAUAAUAAAUAAAUGCUGCGUCUUUACUCUGAAGUUAUCUUUUAUGUUUUGGGAAGUCAAAUAUUGUUAGGAAGCAACAACCAUUUCAUGUAUAAAAAAAAGUGAUGAGAAUGCAACUUAAGUUUAAUGGUAGCUGGAGCAGGAGUGGUUCUUUUGUGGAGAGAAUGUUAAGAGCAGACGUGUUUAUUAAGGAAAUCAAGAAAAUAUAGGAAAUGUUUGUUAGUCUAGUGUCUUAGCAGCAUAACAAAAGCGGGAAAAAAGAAGCCUAUCUAUGUCAUGAGAUAGUCUGCUGUUGCAUUGGGCUGUUGUAACUGAGAAACAACUAGACAGACCCUGACUUAUCUGAAGUCUGAUGGAUAUAUAUUUAUAGAUAGUAUAUAUAUUAUAUAUAGAGGAGAGGAGAUAGAAUUAGGAGUAGUUUGUUAUUAUUAGGGCAUUGACACAAAAUGGGAGUUAUUGGCACUCUUUUUGUCUGACUUCUAUGUACCUACACAGUACUGUUAUUAAAUAUGUUAUUUU